AAUAUACGUUUUUAUUCAUUAUAACUAGUAAAAUGAGUGAAUUUAAACAAAAAACAACAAAUAUCGAUGAAAUUCUUAAACAACUUGGAUGGUUUGGGAGGUAUCAACAGAAACGUUGGAUAUUAUUUAUAAUUAUUAUAUGGGUAUUGUUAUUAACCGAAUUUAGUUAUGUAUUUUCAACAAUUAAUCCAAAAUACAGAUGUUUGGUACCAGAUUGUGAAACAGCGUCCAACACUGAAUAUAAACCAGUAUGGUUAAGUAAUGCUGUGCCUUUCAAAGGAAAACAGCCAUCCAGAUGUAAACGAUUUCAAAUUAAAGCGGAUAAAGAACAUAGGUCAACAGGAGAAUGUGAUUCAGAUUUAUUUAAUUACAAUGUUAUUGAAGACUGUGAUGAAUUUGUAUAUGAUACCAAACAUACAACAAUUAUUCAGGAUUUCAAUUUACUAUGUGAAAAAGUUUGGAUGAUUGCAAUACCUGGGUCACUUCAUGCUAUUGCAUUAUUUUUGGCUUUACCAACAACUGGGUACAUCGCAGACAGGAUUGGAAGAAAGAAAGUUAUAAUUUUUGGUGUAGUGCUAGGGGGAUUAUUCUGUUUUAUCAAAUCGUUCUCUAUAUCAAUUUCGAUGUUUGUAAUUUGUGAAUUCUUACAAGCUGCAAGUGCUGGUGGAUCAUUUACAUCAGUUUAUACUUUAAUUGCAGAAUUUACUCCAGCAGAAAACCGUCUUUUGGGUUGUGUUAUAUCAUUUGGAUGCCUAUCUCUUGCACAAAUGUCCAUAGCAGGAAUUGCUUGGAUGAGUAAUUCAUGGCGUUUAUUUCUACGUUUGGUAACAAUACCAACUGCGUUGGUAUUAUUUUUUAUGCCAUUUUUUUUGCCCGAAUCUAUUCGAUGGUUAAUAUCUCAAAAUAAAAUAAGUGAAGCUACUGCUAUUUUGGAAAAUAUUGCUCAAGAAAAUGGUACUGAACUAAAGGAAGAACAUAAGUUGCAAUUAAAAGUUAUGCUUGAUAAUUCAAAGGAUUCAAACAAAAUUCGUAACGAAUCACUAAAAGACGUUUUUAAAAGUAUUCCCAUGGUUAUACGAUUAGUAACAUGUUCAAUUUGCUGGAUAAGCUGUACAUUUAUAUAUCAUGGUCUUUUUAUAAUGGCUGGUGAAAUAUCUGGAUAUCGAUAUUUAAAUUUUAUUCUAGUUGGAUUAGCUGAAAUGCCUGGAUCUAUCAUUUGUUACGUUUCUUGUAAUCGGUAUGGCCGAAGAUUGACUAUGAGCGUGGGAUUAAUAACAGUUGGUAUUUGUUGUGGAUUUUAUAUAUUUAUACCUGAUGGACAUUGGCUAAGAUUAAUAAUGUUUUUAUUGAGUAAAAGUGCGAUUACUGCAGCGUUAGGAACUUUAUAUAUUAUUGUAGCGGAAAUGUACCCAACAUCAUUUCGGGUAACAUUAAUAAAUGGAUGUUCAAUGUUUGGACGUAUUGGUCAGUUAAUAACACCAACAAUGCCAAUUUUGGCCACUUACUGGAAUAUAUUGCCAAUAUUGAUAUUCAGCUUAGUAUCAACAACUGCAGGAUUCCUGUCACUUAUACUACCGGAAACUUUAAAUACAACUCUACCAGAUACAAUUGAAGAAGCGGUCAAUAUUAAUAAAAAAACUGUGAUUAAUCCCUUACUUUAUGGUUAA